AUGAAGCACAUUCCAUCGGCCUUCUUGAAGCCAUGCUACCGAUCCCGUCGAAUAGUAGUUGGUCAAGACUUGGUCCAUGUUAAUACGUUUGGAUCACGAAUAGCAUGUCUUGCGAGACCGCAGAGACGGCAUGCUUCCAGCAAUGGCACUCGACCACGGACAGCUCUGUUCUUUCCAGGUCAAGGAGUUCAGAGAGUAGGCAUGCUCACACCAUGGGUCGAAGCAUUCCCAGCUACUGCGAAACCACUCGUUGAAGAAAUCGACCAUCUACUAGGCUACAAACUCUCGAAGGUCAUUGAAGAAGGACCCCACUCCCUCCUUACCGCUACCGAGCAUGCUCAACCUGCCAUUAUGGCCUCGUCUAUCCUCAUCCUGCGAGUCUUAGAAAAAGAAUUCGGAUUCAAAACGAACGAACGGAUAGAUGUAGUGCUGGGCCAUUCAUUGGGAGAAUUCGCAGCAUUGGUAGCUGGAGGAUACGUUCACUUCGAGGACAGCUUAUACUUAGUACGGAAACGUGCAGAAGUCAUGGCAGAUUGUACACGGCGAGCUUGUGCCGAACAUGGUGGAGAAUACGGCAUGAUUGCUCUAGUCACCGAGCCCGACCACUUGAUCCCAUUGAUCGAAGCAAUACAUGAAUUCCUAGGACAUCAUAGUACUGGGUCGAAGUCGGAAAGUGCAGAAGUCCCUCCCAUUCAACAGGUUUUGAUUGCGAAUAUCAACAGCAAGAAUCAGAUUGUGCUGAGUGGCAAUAUUGAGAGGAUAAAGACGCUAUUAACGCAUGUCAGGCAGUUCGGUGGACAUGAUCCAAGAGCUGUCAGGUUGAGCAGUGAUAGUCCGUUUCAUAGUCCUCUCAUGAAGCCAGCGUCGAAAGCUAUGAAGAGGAUGUUGGAGGGAAAGAGUCGAGUGAAAGGCAGAGAGAACGAAGAUUUAAUCACGUUUCCGGGAAUAAUGCCUUGCAUCAGCAACGUUAGUGCAAGGCCAUUCCAGAGCAAGGAAGAUCUGAAAGAUCUCUGGGUACGAUCUUGUGUAGAGACUGUAAGAUGGUGGGACAGUCUUAAAUAUUUGGAUCAAGAUCAAAAGGUUCGCCGAUGGCUGGGUAUUGGACCUGGGAAAGUUGGGCGGAACCUUGUUGGCAAAGAGGUGGGCAUGAGAGGACGAGAUCUUGUGAAGGGAGGUGGCGUUUGGGCUAUCAGCAAUCCUCCAGAGAUUGAAGAGGUCCUCAGAGCUCUGGAUGAGACCGAAAGCUCAAGAGACGAAGAGUAA